CACGCUGACGCGUCAGCACGUUCGCAACUCUCAUGCGUAGGCACACACCAUCGCCGUCGUCGGCCCCGGCACCGCCCCGAUCACCCGGGGGUUGGGCCAUGCGGGUAUAUAAGCGGACCGGAUCGCUUCAUUCUACGGUUUAACGCCGUUGCACGUGCUAUCUUCGCUAAUUGCAUGUGCAUUUGAUCUGCUAUUGCUUACUAUUUGUUGCGAAAACAAACGAACUUUACGACUACAACGAAGCAUGAUGAUGGAACCUUCCUCUUCUCAUUGCAUGGAAAUUGAAGCUUCUACAAGCCGUUCGAAAUGCCAGAUGGCCAAAUCUGACAUGACUCAAGUCGUCGCGCUGGCAGUAAUUAGUCGACUACACGACUGGUGCAUACAAUUGUUCUGGAUUACGAUUUUUUGUGUGCUGGGAUGUUGCGGUGACGAGAAAUCACGGACAUCUAUCCGACAACUACAUGAACGACAACAACAGCAACAAACUACCCGAAAACGUACGAACAUAGCGGAAAUUGAGCAAAAGCUCCUCCGCCACAUCACCUCUCCUCUACUAUCGAAUCUACGACCGGUGACGAAGUCGUCGAAGAAGCGUGCCGCUUCGCGACCACCUUCUCCACAACUGUUCGACAUUGUGGAAGAAUGCGAGGAAUAAAAACCCCAUCACUCAUAUCCCCGACCUUCGCUCGUAUCUCCUAUACCGAUCGACUCCCUUCCCCAUAGGUGCCUUUUUUUCCGCGACAAAUAUGUCGCAACUUCGCCGAUGAAAUACGUGUACGAUGCAGCACUCGCUUGCUGUGCCGACCUUUGUAAUAUCUGAAGCUCUUUAACUAUUUAUUAUUAUGAUUGUUAUAUAUACUGCUGAUUGUUGCGUGAUAUCUUUCUUAUACCAUAGAUAUCUGAUUUCAAAUCUGGUCUAUUCUGUGAAUAGUCAU